AUGCCGUCGCUGCUCAGAGGCAAGAGUGCAAGGAAGGUCCCUACAGUACUGCGGGCAGUCCCAGAUGGUCCAGAGGAUGACCCGGCUCUCCACUCCGAGAAGCGAGACAUAGCGACACAAGAGCGACGGCGCUCCGAUGAUGAGAAAACUCCAGCCACGAGCUCUCCUACGAGGAGCGCAUCCAUCUGGCGAAGGAAGCAGGGCGCCAAGUCCGGGGGAACCAAGAACAGCUCUCCCGUCGAAACCGAAGCGACCCUCAAGUACGCCUUUUCAGCCGACAUUAUUGGACUGUACCAGGAGGGCAAGAUUCAACGGCGAAAAAAGGAAGAAGAAGACCCACCCAAAGAAGACAAACCAUCCAAAGAAGACAAACCACCUAUUAUUCACACUAAACAGCACAGCCAGGGCUCAAGCAAGUUUUCGAAACGUACAACGAGAACCGUGAUUCCCACUGGGAGAUGCGACCAGCCCCUUCCCGCCCUCCCAUUCUUCGAGGCAGGCUUCGACGAGCUUGAAAUUAACCCCUGCCGAUCGCCUCUGUUGACCAGCCAGAUGCUCUUUGACGACUGGAGCGUGUCUCCACUGUCGCACCCACACGUACGACCCACUUCAUCUGGGGGUGUCGAGAAAAAGAUGGGUCAAGCUACGCCUCCAAGUAUCCCGCUACGUCGUUCCAGGAGUGCGGUUGCAUCAUCAAGCUCGUCUGUUAACUCGCGGGAAACCGACGCCUCGUUGGAAAGCUACCGUUCGUCAAAGACAAGCGCCGAAUUCGAUACUUCCUUCAAGAAGGGAAUAGCAUGGAAGGCUUUGGAUAUACCCGACUACCAUGCUCUUAUCCGGGAGAACGCUCUACAUCCCAUGCUGGACACAACCAAGCCUUCAAACGACCAGAAACCCCAACUAAGAGCCCCGACGUGGAACCCACCUCGGAGAUAUAUGCACCCAUCCGUCUGCGAAAAAGAAGUCGUUUUACAAGCUCCGUUCGAACUGAGCGCUACAAGUGACGAGCCAUAUAUCGUAGUGAGCGAGCCAACAAAAGAGCGCAGAUUCUCUCAACGGAGCGUCCCGCAGCUAAUCAUCCCCCCGUGCCCACCUCUCGACCUGGAUGCACUAGCGAGUCUCGACACCUGGUCCAGUCAUUCGCCAGAAACUCCACGCGGGCAUAGCCCCACACUAAGCGAGGCGGAGAAUGCAUUGCAUAAGCAGUUGACCUGGUGUGGAGCCGGUGAUGUUCGGACAGAUGGCCAAAAUCAGACACCCCUUGCAGAAGACGAUUCUUUCCGGUGGCGCGAACGUCCAGACUCGACUGGGAGCGAAAGCGACAGUGAAACCUUUCCCACUCAACUAUCGUCUCUGUUUGACCACCUUGCUCCCCCUCCGGUGCCUCGCAGAUCCAGUAAACGUGGGUCAGGAUCCAAAGGUUCCGAGUCAGCUUUCCUCCCCCAGGACCAUAUUGCUGCGCAGAUUCUGAGACAGCGCUCCACCAAGAGCAAACCACUGACGCUCAUGAUUCCGUCAUGCAAGAGAACAAGCGUUGAUGUUGUCUUGUCCCAACUCCCGACCAGCACGCGGCAUGCUUCCCCGAUCGACGCGAUUGCCGAACCCAUCAUUACCGCCUCUGACGCCGAGACUGUCAUCUUGAGCAUCUUUCGGCAUCUGAACCAUUUUGAAGAUCUCUUUUCUACCGCCCUGGUCAACCAUGGUUUCUACCGCGUGUUCAAGCGCCAUGAACUCGAGCUUAUCAAGUCGACCCUCCGAACCAUGUCGCCGCCGGCCUGGGAAUUUCGAGAAAUCGCCUUUCCUGGCCACGACAUGCUGCACGCAGAAGAUCUGGAAAUGACGCGACCGGAAGAGGAAUACAGCCCAAUGUCGUACUUGAAGCUGCAGAAACAAGACGUCCAAAUCAUCCGCGCCAUCAAGCACGAGAUUCUGGAAAAGUGCCAGUCGUUUGUCCGCCCGGAAAUCACGGUUGCGCUCAUGAGCUCGUCGCCGCGCGAGUCGGCGAGAGUGGACGACGCGCUGUGGCGCAUAUGGACGUUUUGCAAGAUCUUCGGCUCAGGCAAGGGACGCGAAGAUGACCUUGUUGCGCAGAUCGACUGGCUCAAAGGAGGCACCCUGGCCCAUCAGAACACCUGCACGUUCAGCAUCUCGGGCACGGAUUUCAUGAACGAUACAUUGGUUGGUAUGUCGGAGUCAUUUGCCAAGGGCAACGAGGGAGGCCUCAGUGCCGAGCAGCUUUUUGAUAUGAUGGAGUUGUGGAACUGCCUGGCGGUACUUUUGCAUAGCUUCGAGGGCCGAACUGUACAAGCGCGUCGGGCAGGCAUCUACGAAAACACUGAUGUCCGAGGUGGGGACAUUGACGGCGAGGAGAUGAUGCUUGAUGAAUGGUGCUACUACAUCCUGACAUUUGGCCCGGCCGCAGUCUUGAAAUUGACGGGCUCCUACCACCCUUCUGACCCCACGGGCUUUACCAUUGCAGCUCGCAAUGGCUGGGUCAACUGGACACCUCCGCUUGCCGGGUCCACGCGCCGGAAGUUCCUCCGAGAAGCAGCGUCGCGUAUCUACGAGGACAAGAUUGCCAACAAAUACGCAAAGACGUCUACCCGCGAGGUCCAGCUCCAGCAGUCCAAGGAACGCAUCCAGAAGCAGAUGUACGAGCUUCACCAGCGCAAGACAAGUGGCUCCCCUCGCCUGAUGCUUCGCAUGUCCCAUGACCGACCUCUAUCCGAGUGGGACACAGUGCUCAGGAACUUGUCUCGCCCUCAACUUUCCACUCAAGGCUCCGAGGGCAACAUCGUCACGCACAUUCCCGCACUGCGAUCAGCGUCUGUUUUGCCCGAGCAGCAAAUCCUCGUAUCUGAACUCCCAGCCUCGAGAACACCUUCUCCGCCCCGGAGAACAGUCGCCCGCCCACUGCUGCCCAUGCCACCCGCGUCAACAGUCUUCUCAGCGGCCGAACAGCAAAGCGUAAUGUCGAGCCAGGCACGGGCUGAGAACCCGCCUGCAUCGCCUCCACGACGCGUAGUCGCCGAGCCACUCCUCCCCUCGCCAUCCGCCUCGACCGUGCACACCAACCACGAUCUCUACAUCAUGGGCAGUACUUCGAACCGAAGCUACACUCCGCGCCGCACACUCGCACAGCCUCUUCUCCCCACGCCCUCGGUAUUCACCGCAUCCAACCCGUACGACUGGCCCGCGUAUCCCCACGCCACGGGCAUGCCUCACAACACCUCCUUGAGCCGCGCCCACACCGUAGCCCCGAGCCCGCAUCCAUUCGCGUAUCCGUCCACGCUGCCACCACACCCAGCGUUCUGCAGAGACAACGACUCCACCCCCGCGAUGAACAUCCCGCUGCUGCAGCACGACCGCCUGCGCCAGAUCUUUGCUACCCCGCGUCACGAGAACACGGCUGAAAAGGCCGUCUAUCGCAUCGUCGAAAUGGGCUUUACCCCCGAGCAGGCGCGCGAGGCACUACGCGUGACGGAUCUGGGGACCGGUCUGCGCGUCGAUUGCGCAGUGGAGCUGUUGCUGAGUCGGCAUGCGUGGAAGUGA